AAAACCAUAUGCAAAACAUUUAUAUAUUAUUUUCUCAGCGCGCUAAUGGGCACAACAAAUCGCUACAAUUUUAUAUUUUUCAAUUAUAAUAGUUCAGAAUGAUGCCUAAAACGUUAUCACCGGUAGUUCCCAGCCGGAAUCCGCUUAUUUACUGCCGACUUUGCCUAUCGCAGGUGAAUCUACUAACUAUGCUGGAAGCUAACGACAUCGAAGUUGCGCCCCACAAUGAACUUCUGAGAAGAAUAUCCGACUAUGUUAAAAUUACACUUGUCCCGAAUGAGGAUUUUCCCAGUGCCGUUUGUGGCGUUUGCAUAGCUCAACUAAACGAUAUUCAUGAGUUUCGGCAAACCGUUAAUCGCAAUCAUGCCGCGGUGAAAGACUACCGUCGAUCGUUUGGUGAUGAAAUUAUUCCUAAGGUGGAAAGCGAUGUGGAAAUCCUAGUCGAUAUAUAUGACCUUGAUCCGCGGCUUACGGACUUCAAGGAAGAGGAAUAUUUUAUUCAGGAUGAUGUCCCGGAGAUUGUCUCCGGGCAAGCCGUGGAGACUGUCAAAGAUGUUGAUGUUUAUCACAUGGAUGGGGAGCUUACGACCGUUGUAUUGAAGCAGGAGAAUUUACCACCGGCGCGCGUAAUAGCAAGGGACAACAAACAGAUCAAAGAUAAUAUUACCGCUGUACCAGUCAAACCUGCAAUUGUAAUGCCUCAUAUCAACGUUUUAAGCAGAAAAGUAAAUCCACCACCUUCUGUGAAACGAUAUACUACAAAUCUACCACCUAAAACACAACCUGUAAUACCGGAAAAACGAACAAAAACAUUACCGACAGUGGAAUCUUUUUUUGUUGUAAAAUGUUCUCAAUGUAGUGCAGUUUUUCGAAAUAGUGAAAAUCUAGCUAUUCAUGAGGCACGCGAUCACUCGAAAGUACGCGAAAUUAAUCAUUCGACAGAAGUAGUUGCAGCACCCCCGAAGAGUUUGAAUCAAUCCAUUACAAACAAGCAGAACCAGCAAAAUGUUUUGUUUAAAUGCAAUCAAUGUAACAGCAGUUUUAUUCAAAAGACCAAUUACGAAAAGCAUUUGAAAAGUUGUCAACCAGCCAUAUUGGCCAAGCUGAAUACCUCACAAAUCACAAUCAAACGAACAAAGACAGCGCCAGUAAAUUCAGCACCAGUCUCACAGUUAGGUGAAAAGUCGCACUCAAUUGUAAAACACGGUGAAACCGAAAACCGUUAUCGGUGUCCCGCUUGUCCGCUAACAUACAAAAUUCAGCAUUUCCUCCAGAAACACCUAUUAGAUGUACACAAAUUGCCUGACGACAAAGAGGUAUACUACUGUCCCAUGUGCCGGUUAUUUUAUUCUUGCAACGAAGAUUUGCAGCUUCACAACCGAGCGAUACAUCGAUUUCAAUGCAGACAAUGCAAUACUGACUUCAGAAAAUGCAUACAUUCCCAGGGUAAAAGCCGUGCUCACCUCGGUAGGGAGUCAAAUAAAGAAAAAUUAAAUUAA